ACCAUCUUUUGCCCUCUAAAUAACUCUCAUGCAACGAAUUGCAGUCCGCAGAUUCACAAACAUGGCUUCAAAGGAGAAUUUUGGUUUAAACAGCACAAUUACAUUGAACAACGGCGUCCAGAUGCCGAGGAUCCAUCUCGGAGUUUACAUGACAUCAGGCCGCGAAACCUCUAGCGCAGUAACACACGCUCUAACGGCCAACUACCGCGCCAUCGACUCAGCAGAAUGGUAUGCCAACGAACACGAAGUUGGGUCUUCGAUCCUGACUUUCCUUUCUUCGCCCCAGAACACUUCGAAGCUGGAGAGGAAGGAUAUCUGGUUCACGACGAAAUUGAAAACGAAUACCAGUUAUGACGCUACGAGGAAGGCGAUCAAGAGGAGUAUCAAGGAGUGUGGAUUAGGGUAUAUAGAUCUCUAUUUGUUGCAUAGUCCGUAUGGGGGACGGCAGAGGAGGCUAGAGUGUUGGAGGGCGGUCGAGGAUGCGGUGGAUGAGGGGGAGGUGAGGGCUGUUGGGGUGAGUAAUUAUGGAGUUAAGCAUCUACAAGAACUGCUCGACUCCAAACCACGAAUCCCUCCAGCGGUCAACCAGAUAGAAGUCCACCCCUUCAACACAAGAAACGAUAUUACCUCCUUCUGCGCACAACAUGAUAUCGUGGUCGAGGCAUACGCACCUCUUGCUAGGGCGAUGAGGUUCAAGCAUCCGAAAGUUGUGGAGUUGAGUAAGAAGUAUGGAUGUACGCCAGCUCAGUUGAUGCUGAGAUGGAGUUUGCAGAAGGGGUAUGUGCCAUUGCCGAAGAGUACGAGGAAGGAGAGGAUUGUGGGGAAUGCUGAUAUAGGGGGUUUCGAGAUUGAGGAGGCAGAUAUGAAGGGUUUGGAUGGAUGUGAUGAGUAUUUGGUUACGGACUGGGAUCCGACGGAUGCUGAUUAGGCUAGUAGAAGAGGUUGAAUACCUAUGUGGAUCUGCGAGCUUGUCGAAUUGGCCGUGAUAUAUCUGCUGGUUGAAACCGCAGACUUGCCAAGGUGAGAGAGUUCGUGGUACAGCUGCUUAAAACCCUGGGAAGGAUCAGAAUGUCUGCAGACUCGUCAAUGUGAAAAGUGUAGAUAUCUUGCGUGAAGCCUACAGACUUGUCAACGCGAACG